AUGAGAAUGUCGUCACCUUUCGGUGGACGCGGUACUUACAGAGGCUCUGCUCGUAGGGGCGGUGGAGGCAGUGACCAUACUCGUGGUAGCUUUGGAAGUACUCGCGGUAGUUGUGGAAAUGCAAUUGUCGAUCUAUCUAGUAAAAUAAAUGAUCCGUUUAGUGCAGUAAUUCAAAAUCCGACAGAAAUAGUCGAUCUCAUAGUAGGCCCUAAAGAAGCUCUUUUUCUAGUCCAUAAAUCUUUUCUCCGCAACAAGAUACAAUACUUCGAUAAAAUGUUUAACGGCGGAUUUAAGGAAGCGAAAGAGAAUUCGGCAAAAUUUCCCGAGGACCUUCCUGAGUCUUUUGAUAUACUUAUUGAGUGGGUAUACUCUGGACACGUUCGAUUUUAUGAGGUCGGGGAUAAUGCCGGCCCGGAGAACUGGAAUUUCCUAUGCUUUUACGCAUUAGCAGAAAAGCUUGGUCUCACUCAGUUGGAGGAUCGUGCACUGGACAUUUAUCGACACAGUUGUAGAGCUAAGAAUUCAAACUUUGGCAUGGACUGGGCUACAAAUGCAUACCAAAUCACUCCAGAAGGAGCAGCACUUCGAAGAUAUACUAUUCAAGUGUUGGUUUGGAGAUUUCACACCCAAGAAAAUUUGGGUUCCAAUCUCAAUGACCAUUUCAUCAAGGCAAUGCAAAGCGACAAUGAUCUCUUUGCAGACUACAUGCUUACACUUCGUAAACAUGUCAAAGUGGGAGCACCAACAGAUCCGAGAGUCAUUGAUCCAAAGAUUCCUGCCACCAAAUGCGAUAAUGUCGGCAUCGAGACGGUCGAUCUAUACAUCGGUCCAACUCGUACGCAUUAUCGAGUGCACAAGAAUAUUCUCUGUACCAAGAUACCAUACUUCAAUAAAAUGUUCAACGGCGGUUUCUCAGAGGCUUCAAACAACUCCGCAGAAUUUCCCGAAGAUUCUCCUCAGUCGUUUGAUUAUCACCCACUCCGACCUUUGAAUCGUGUUUCGCCCGGCUCUGUAUCUUCAAAUUGGAACACCAUCGAUUUUUACCUACUUAUGGAUAAACUAUGCAUACCAGACCUGAUGAAUGAGGCAAUGGAUCUCUUGCGACAGUUUUCUAAAGACAAUGACUUUCUACCCUCAAUUAACCACGUAAUCUGGGUUUACAGAAGAUCGUUGCCGGGCUCAAAAAUACGUUUAUAUGUAUUAAACAGCUUACUCUAUGCCUUUUCCUUGAACCAGGAGCCCGAUCUCACACCGAUGACCCUUUUGAUGGGUAUAGUAACAAGAGAGACUGAUCUGGCUGCCGAUUUCCUCACAGCCGUUCGAGGUCAAAUCCGUGGGGGCCCAAAGCCAACCAAUCCAUCAGCAGGUGAUGGUGGCAUUUAUCAUAUUCAUGGAGAAGGAAUCGGCUGCAGCUGUUCGUUGAAUUAG